AUGGCUACAUCAACGCGUGCUUCAGAGUCUACACCAUCAGAUCACCUAAAUGCCAUUAUUACCAAAACUUCUCAAGAAAUUCCAGUGACAAAGAUUAAAGAAGGAAAACGGAAGACGAAUAGUGGGGACAAUCGUGCAGCAAUAAAGAAACAAAAAACCGUGAAAGAGCAAAAGACUGUGAAAGAUAUAUUGAAGGAGUUGCCUUCAAUAAACACUAGAUCGACACCUGGAUUGAUGACAGAUGUUGUAAGUUCUUUGACAUCAGAACAAAAAGAUUGGGUGAAACGGAUGGGAUUUAAAGCCUUUUUGAAGAUCAACAUUAAGAGUAUUCCCUUAAAACUUUGCCAUUUUGUGCUUAAUCAUUAUGAUGAAGGCACAAACAGUAUUCUGAUUAAAGGAAAAAGAAUAAAGAUCACAAAGGAAAAAAUUCAUAAAGUGUUUGGUUUACCCAAAACUGGAAAAAGCUUAUUUGAUUUGGACAAGGUUAGUGAAGAUCAUCAAGUGUUUGAUGGAUGGAUGAAGGAACUUGAAGAUGGAAAGGCAAAUGCAACAAAUACAAGAAGAUUAUUCAAAAAUCCGAACAAGUGGAUAUGA